AUGUCGGUCUUAAUCUUGACAGGCGCAACUGUGACGUUCAGACUGCUAAUCGAUCAAGUGACGCUGAAAGAGUUUAUAACAGAUAUCUCGAAAGCUGGAAUAAGUAAGCUAUUCAUUCAAUACGGGAAUGAAUCUGCCAACAAAAGUCAGAUAUAUUUUGAGUCAUCCAUAAAGAAAUCCGGAUUACUAUAUGAAAAUACCGACGGGAUCUAUAACUCAAAAUCGGGCUCAUUGCAGAUUCUUGCAUUCCCUUUCUCUUCUGAUAUUAGUGGUGAAUAUAUCGAACAAGUUGACAUUGUCGUUUCUCAUGCAGGAACAGGUUCCAUUAUCGAUGUGUUAAAGCUCGAUAAGCCAUUGAUUGUAGUCGUAAAUGAAUCUCUUAUGGAUAACCACCAAGUUGAUGUUGCCAAUGAAUUUAAAAAGCUUAACUAUUGUACUAUAUCUACUUGCAGCGGAUUAUCCAACGAAGUAGCUAGAAUAUUCAAGGAAGAAGCGAAGUUCGAUAAGUUUGAGAGUUGUUCGUCAAGCGUAAUGCAAAGUGUGAUUUAUAAUGAAGUCAAAUUGGCACACUAA